AUGGUCACCACUAUCCCUCACCCCAAAGCCUUGAAGUGUUUUGCAACAAGGGCGGACGACUUUACUUUUGAUGGCCCUAAUGGCAGGGUCACAUAUCCUGCUAGACAGGAAGAUGCUGCGCGCAUUUCCAAUAUUUUGAAAUGGGCAGUGGAGAACCUUCGAUCCCUCCAGGUGCCCACUGUACGAACGGUUGUUGGGAACGAUGCUGCGAUUGAAGCUAUCAUUCAAUCUGCUGAGGGGGGUGUCAGCUUCGAGAAAAUUGUUGUCAAACACACUGCAUUGGAAUAA